UGAAGUCCGCCCUCUGUGAAAUGGGUUUGCUGCAGCUGGACUGUUGAUUAUGUUGGUCCACACGUGUUAGGGGCUUUUCUGUGUUUUGAAAGAGGCUCAGAUUGGUCCACGGUUCUUGUGAGUUCGGUCCAGAUUUUGAAAGCCUCAAUCGAACUAUUCUUUCAUCCUUGAUUGUUGAUUUAGAAACUCCAGCAGCAUCUCCAGUGUUAGCAGCUAGCAGCGGCAACAUAAGGCUAAAAGUACCGGGUAACCCCCCGGGCGACUCUCAUCUACGGGUCACCACACACUGAGAUGUGAGAGAUACCUGCAUUGCCCAGAAACACCACCUGUAUUCAAACUCAGCGAGUCGGAUUCGGAAGGAUUUUAUUUUCAUAUUCAUACGUGCUUUUCUUUCACUUAAUCUCGUUGUAUUGUAUCAUGGGGGCUUACUUGUCUCAACCCAACACGGAGAAAAGUACGGCCGACGGCGGGAAUAAAAACAUGAGCUAUGGCUUCGCGGCCAUGCAGGGCUGGAGAGUGUCAAUGGAGGACGCCCACAAUUGCAUCCCGGAGCUGGAUGAUGAGACUGCUAUGUUUGCCGUUUAUGAUGGCCAUGGGGGUGAAGAGGUUGCUUUGUAUUGCUCCAAAUACUUGCCAGACAUCAUUAAAGAGCAGAAGACAUAUAAGGAUGGCAAGCUGCAAAAGGCUCUGGAGGAUGCAUUCCUGGCAAUAGAUGGCCGAAUCACCACAGAAGAAGUCAUCAAGGAGCUGGUUCAGAUCGCUGGACGUCCUCAGGAAGAAACCGAGAAAGUAGCGGAUGAAGAUGAUGUUGAUAAUGACGAAGCAGCUCUACUGCAUGAAGAGGCCACCAUGACAAUAGAGGAGCUGCUCAUCCGCUACGGACAGAAUAUGAACAAAAAUGCCAAAAAGCCAUGUCAGGAUGCCUCUAAAGACUCUGAGGAUGGAGAGAAGUCUCGCACAGAGAUGGGAAUCAACGGUGAGACUGAAUGUGGGGCUUCUGCAGACAGCAAUGAGAAGGCAGGAGGUGCUGGAGGUGCGGCUGAGGGUUCGAAGAUGAGGUCCUGCAGAAGAGCAGCAGCCUCCAUUGGUGGAAGUGGCUCUGCUUCUACAGGCUCUGCUGGGGAUGCUGGACCUUCCUGCUCCUCUUCUGAAGCUCCUGCUCCUGGAAGUACCAAAUCCAAGUUUUUUGAGGACAGUGAUGAGUCCGAGGAGGGAGUAGAUGAAGAAGAGGAGGGUAGCGAUGUAGAGGACUGCAGUGAGGAAGAGGAUGGUGAGAACAGCAGUGAGAAUGAUGAAGAGGAUGACACAGAAGAGGGGGAGGAAGAAGACACUGACGAAGAGGAGGAAAUGUGCCUGCCUGGCAUGGAUGGAAAAGAAGAGCCAGGUUCAGACAGCGGGACCACAGCUGUGGUUGCUCUCAUCCGGGGGAAGCAGCUCAUCGUGGCCAACGCUGGAGAUUCCAGGUGUGUGGUGUCUGAGAAGGGCAAGGCGGUGGACAUGUCCUAUGACCACAAACCAGAGGACGAGCUGGAGCUGGCCAGAAUAAAGAAUGCUGGGGGGAAGGUGACGAUGGAUGGCCGUGUCAAUGGAGGCCUGAACCUCUCCAGAGCUAUCGGCGAUCACUUUUAUAAAAGAAACAAGGCACUUCCCCCAGAGGAACAGAUGAUUUCUGCUUUACCUGAUGUUAAAGUGCUGACACUCAAUGAAGACCAUGAGUUUAUGGUUAUUGCCUGUGAUGGCAUCUGGAAUGUGAUGAGCAGUCAGGAAGUGGUGGACUUUGUAAAUGAGAGACUCAAAACAGACAGUGUUGAAAAUAGACCCUUGUCUGCCAUUAUUGAGGAACUGCUGGACCACUGCUUGGCACCAGACACAUCAGGGGAUGGCACAGGAUGUGACAACAUGACCUGUAUCAUUAUCACCUUCUCUCCACACCUUGGGAGCGAUUUGGCCGAGGGCACAAAGAAGCGAAAGGCAGAUGAAACUGUGGCGGAGGAGAACAGCAGCGACAGCAAAAAAGCCAAAACUGAAUAGAUCGGCUGUCGUUGAAUGUGCUGAGUAUUUUGAGGACACUUUUUCCUUUUGAAUUCAGACCACAUGGGAAAAUUUUAAGGAUGGCUCCCUGAGAAAGAGCAUUUUAGUUUUAAACAAUUCAAAGACACAUCUAGAGCUGUUAAGCAGCCAUUCUGUUCUUCGUUGUAUUUUUUUUUUUUUUUUUUUUUCAGCAGGCCUAUAAAUGUCGUUUGCUUGUUGACAGUGAAAUGAACACAGCAGUAUGGUAGCAAACGUAAUAACACAUGAGCCUGUGUACUUCUGUCUAGUCAAUCAUUACCUUGUUUAUGUAAAUAGCAUACUUUUUUCUUUUUACAUUUUUCUUUUUUUUUUUUUAAUAAUUAGAUAGUGGUCUAGUUUUUCUCAUGAAGCCAUUGGAUGUACCCAUAUAAGGAUAUAAUCCUGUUGAAAAGCUCUCUAAGAUGAAAAAUUACACAUUCCUUUCUCCAUUGUUUCAUGUUUGUAAAGAACAACUUAAUGUGUUUGUGUCAUUUGAUCCUUUCGUCUGUAAUAAAAAAGCUUCUUUCCUUUGAAUCUUAAGAACCACUUCCUACAGGGAUUGAAGGCUGACAUUGGGAUCAAUGCCAGGAGUUUUUAGCAACCGUCGAGUAAACUGCAGUUGGAUAUUGAAGGUCUUCGGUGCAAAAGGACAUUUCUGUUUUGUAUUUUCCCAUUGUCUGUGGUCUGGAAGCAUCCAUCUGAUUCAUUGAGGUUUAUAUACAAUGGAUUUUGGAAUAUAUAUUUUGGUACUUUUUCAGAACAUCUUCGUGGAUUGUACAGGGAAAUAAGUCAUUGCUCAAAAUUACAGCUGUUUUAUGUAUCAAUAAAUAAGUGGAGACGAAUACACAACAAUCUUGUUCUUGUGGG